AUGUCGUCCUCCUUCAUGGACCACGCCGGCCCCUCCGUCCUGCGCUGGCUGCUCUCCGUCGCCGCGGGGGGCCUCUUCGCGCUCUUCCUCCUCGUCGCCUCCCCGGUCCCGUUCCCCUCCGCCACGCUCUUCCUCGCCCCGACCGCCCCCUUAGCCUCCUCCGCCUCCUCCUCCGCGCGCGCCUCCAAGAACCUCUUCGUCGACGCGGCGCUCUCGGCGCAGGCCCGCGCGCCGCCGGCCGCCCCCGCCUCGCCGCCGCGGUUCGCGUACCUGAUCUCCGGCUCGAAGGGCGACGCCGGGAUGCUGCGGCGGUGCCUGCUGGCGCUGUACCACCCGAGGAACCACUACAUCCUGCACCUGGACGCGGAGGCGCCGGACUCGGACCGCGCGGCGCUGGCGGCGUUCGUGGCGGGGCACCCGGUCCUCGCCGCGGCGCGCAACGUGCGGGUGGUGGAGAAGGCGAACCUGGUCACCUACCGCGGCCCCACCAUGGUGACCACCACGCUGCACGCCGCCGCGGCCUUCCUGUGGGGCGAGGGCCGCGGCAAAGGCGCCGACUGGGACUGGUUCAUCAACCUCUCCGCCUCCGACUACCCGCUCGUCACGCAGGACGAUAUGAUGGAGGUGUUCUCGGAGCUGCCGCGCGACCUCAACUUCCUCGACCACACCAGCGACAUCGGCUGGAAAGCGUUCGCGAGGGCGAUGCCGGUGAUCAUCGACCCGGCGCUCUACAUGAAGAAGAAGGGCGACCUCUUCUGGAUCCCCCAGAAGCGGGAGCUGCCCACCGCCUUCAAGCUCUUCACCGGUUCCGCGUGGAUGGUGCUAUCGAGGCCGUUCGUGGAGUACCUUAUCUGGGGGUGGGACAACCUCCCGCGCACGGUGCUCAUGUACUACGCCAACUUCAUCUCGUCCCCGGAGGGCUACUUCCACACCGUGGCCUGCAACGCCGACGAGUUCCGCAACACCACCGUCAACCACGACCUGCACUACAUCGCGUGGGACAACCCCCCGAUGCAGCACCCGCACCUGCUCACCCUCGGCGACUGGGACGGCAUGCUCGCCAGCGCCGCCCCCUUCGCGCGCAAGUUCCGCCGGGACGACCCCGUCCUCGACAGGAUCGACGCCGACCUCCUGUCGAGGGGCCCCGGCAUGCUCGCCCCGGGCGGCUGGUGCGCCGCGGAGGUGCUGGCUGCCGGUAGCAACCGGACCGGCGGCGAUGACCCGUGCGCCGUUGUUGGGAACGCGGCGUAUGUUCGGCCUGGCCCAGGGGCUGCGCGGCUGAGGCAGCUCGUUACGUCGCUCUUGUCGGAGGAGAACUUCCGGCCGAAACAGUGCAAAGUAGCAGUAGUAGAAGAACAUAUUCCCGCCAAAAAAAUAGAAGAACAUAUUCCCUCGGAAAAGGUAGAAGAACAUCACUGA